AUUAACAUAUAAAACGGGCGCGAAAUUAAUACAACAAAAACCAAUCAGAAACCUCAAGGAACAUCCCAGGGAAGGAUUGGAUACAUCAGCAGGCAUCUACAUACAAAAUACAGGCUAUAGUCCCCAAAAUCCCUUGACGAAUAUUCAAAUAGAUAUGGAUACUGAAAUGCAUUCCACCUCAACGCCAACAAUGCGAUCGGCCAUCACUGUGCCUCGCCUUGUGAUUAUGCCAACCGCGGCGCCCCGAACACCAGCUGCAACCGCACCGUCAAUCACCGCUCGUAAUAGUAUUCGAGCAUCCGCAGCCGUUCCGUCUCCACCUGAGGCGCCCCAUCGCAUCCGAUGCCCCCUUUGUUGCUGUCCCCACAAGUUGCAGCACUGUGGGCUCUUCAAGGGCAUGUCGCCGACACAACGCCAGCAGGUUGCCCAGGCGCAUGGGCAUUGCAACAAUUGUCUGGCACAUACACACACGACGCAGGAAUGCGACUCCGGUGCUUUGUGCCAAAUGUAUGGCAGGCAGCAUCACACGAUGCUUCACCGUACUCCGAGGCGAGAGGUCAGUCGGCAGCCUGCCCCACGGAUCCGCGGCGCAAACCGACCGCAGCAAGCCAAUCGUGUGGCACGUCGCCGAAGAACGGCACCCCGAUCGGAGUCCCGUCCAUGGCGUCAGUACAACGUAGCACCGACUAGGCGUAGGCCGAACUAUCGCCGCACGUUGUGGCAACGUUGCAACAGCUACAGCGACUGCUAAGCUGAACAUUCGCCUAGGGGGGCCGGGAUGGCCAAAUGAGUUACAAUUCCCGCCCCGAAGAACUCAGACACACCACACACAAGACAACACUGGCACACACACCACACACAACACCCACACACCACACACAAUACCCACACACAACACCCACACACCACACAAGGAUCUCUACACAACACACCGAACAAAACAUCUGUCCUCGGAGCGGACAGCCUCUUCUCUCAGCGACUGUCGAUCAGCAAACAUCGAACUUUCCUUUGGCGCGUUUUAUCGUCAAUAAAUUUAUAUCAUUUAAUUACCUUUCCACUGGUAUGCGACCAGGGAGUGAGUGCGUCAAGAUAACCUUUUUUAUAAUUUCAUAUUAAAAUAAACAUUUUCGAAACAGAAAAACAUUAAAUUUUACUUUAAUUUGCACACGCGGAAGUAUAAAGUGGCAAGUAAGUGGUGGGC